UGCCGGGGGAGCAGGCCGCAGCGGCGGGGUGGAGGCCGCGGCGAUGCUGGAGGAGGCGGGCGAGGUGCUGGAGUCGGUGCUGAAGGCCUCGUGCCUGCCGCUCAGCUUCCUGCUCUUCGUGCCCGCCGUGCUGCUGCUCCUGGGCCCGCCGCCCGCCGCCGAGGCCGCCCACGAGUUCACGGUCUACCGCAUGCAGCAGUACGAGCUGGGCGGGCAGCCCUACGGGACUAGGAGUGCAGUGCUUAACACAGAAGCCCGCACUGUAGAAGCAGACGUCCUGAGCCGCCGCUGCGUCAUGAUGCGGCUGGUGGAUUUCUCCUAUGAGCAGUACCAGAAGGCUCUCCGCCAGUCUGCUGGUGCUGUGGUGAUCAUUCUGCCACGGUCUAUCUCUUCUGUCCCCCAGGAUGUUGUAAGGCAAUUCAUGGAGAUAGAGCCGGAAAUGCUUGCUAUGGAAACCAUUGUGCCAGUCUACUUUGCAGUGGAAGAUGAAGAGCUGCUGUCUAUCUAUGAACAAACACGGGCUGCUUCUGCAUCGCAGGGUUCUGCUUCAGCUGCAGAAGUUCUGCUGCACACGGCAACUGCUAAUGGCUUCCAGAUGGUGACCAGCGGAGCUCAAAGCAAAGCUAUCAAUGACUGGCUCAUACCCAGUGUGGAGGGAAGACUGACGGGACUGGGUGGAGAAGACCUGCCCACUGUUGUGAUAGUUGCUCACUAUGAUUCUUUUGGAGUGGCUCCAUGGCUGUCACAUGGUGCUGACUCCAAUGGCAGUGGUAUCUCAGUGCUACUGGAACUAGCCAGGCUGUUUUCCCGGCUCUACACCUACAGACGUACCCAUGCUGGGUAUAACUUGCUGUUCUUUGCAUCUGGAGGUGGCAAGUUUAAUUAUCAAGGAACCAAGCGGUGGCUGGAAGACAAUUUGGACCACACUGAUUCCAGCCUGCUGCAAGACAACGUAGCAUUUGUUCUCUGCCUUGAUACUCUGGGCCGAGGCAAUAGCCUUCAUCUCCAUGUCUCAAAGCCUCCCAAAGAGGGGACCUUGCAGCAUGCAUUUCUGAGAGAACUGGAAAUGGUUGUUGCCAGCCAGUUCCCGGAGGUCAAGUUUUCCAUGGUGCACAAGAAGAUAAACUUGGCUGAGGACAUGCUGGCUUGGGAGCACGAGCGUUUUGCUAUCCGACGCUUGCCAGCAUUCACCAUCUCUCACCUGGAGAGCCACCGGGACAGCCUGCGCAACAGCAUCAUGGAUAGGAGGGCACGAAUAGACACUAAGGCACUAAUCAGGAAUACUAGGAUCAUUGCUGAGGCUUUGACAAGGGUCAUCUACAACCUAACAGACAAGGGAGCACCUGCGGAUCUGCAGAUCUUCACAGAUCAGAUGCAGAUCCAGCAGGAGCAACUGGAAUCAGUAAUGGAUUGGCUGAGCAGUCAGCCCAGGGCUGCUCAGCUGAUUGAUAAAGACAGCACCUUCCUCAACACCUUAGAGUAUUAUAUGGGUCGCUACCUGAAGGAUGUCAAACAGCAUCAUGUAAAGGCAGACAAACGGGACCCUGAGUUUGUUUUCUAUGACCAGUUGAAGCAGGUGAUGAAUGCUUACAGGGUCAAGCCAGCGAUCUUUGACCUGCUGCUGGCUGUCUGUAUUGCAGCCUACCUUGGUGUUGCCUAUGUUGCAGUGCAGCACUUUGGUCUCCUUUACAAGAUGAUACAGAGAUUAUCCCUUAAAACCAAGCAGCAGUGAAGCAAUGAGUUAUCACCCAUACAGCAGCACUGAGCCAUCGGUGAGCCCAUCAGGAACCUCCUGCCUUCCAAUGAAUCCUGCUGUUUCUCUUCCUCUGUCUCCUCUUUGCUACUCUGUAGAGGGGAGGAAGGCAGAAAGAAAAUGAAAUUUUAAUUCUUGUGCACCUUUUAAGUGCUUUUCUUCACCUUCCCCUGACUUGCACCGUGUCCGUUUUCCUUUGCUUUUUGGCAAGGGAGAGGCUCAGCAACUUCAGUAGGUCCUGCAGGUUGUUUAAACUGAGCAGCUUCUAUGAGUGUAAAACCAAGUCCAGCACCUUCAUGGACACAUGCCAUGCAGCCAGCUUGGAAGCUGAAACUACAGAGUAGAGUGAUGUGUUAUCUCUACCCAGCAAACAAGGACUCAGAGCAGUUGUUUGAAAGAAAAAAAGUGCAUUUGCAAAUUGAAGAGAACACUAUUAGCAUGGUUUUUUAUGGCACCUCUUUGCUAAGUUCACUGCCUGGCUUUAGGAAAGUGUGCUGAGCACACAGUGUCUGCAGCAUCAUCUUGCAUUUUGUUUAGACUGCCAUAGCUCAUUUCCUUUUAAGAGGUGCACUGUAAAUGAUCUUGACUGUUAUUGACAGAAUGAGGAAAGAUUGUUAAAACGGGUUCCUAGCAUUAGGGUUCUUACAGGUUCUCUCUUGUCUCUAUUGGAGUAUGUAUUUUGCCGUGUACUUGAUUUCUUUUAAAGUCUAUGGUCCUUGGACAGUUGCCACCACUCUGUGCUAAACUCUUGCUUAGUUUUAAAGGGCUGUUCUACAGUCUGUUGCAACUGUUGCAGGACUCUGUUCUGUGCUAUUCCAUGUACUUAAACGAGCUGGUUAUAUUAAUAGCAAGAACAACCCUGCUCCUGCUGAGCUCUGGUCUGUAAUCCCUUUAGUCUUCAUUCCUCAGUUUUCACUUCCAGAUGGGUUCUGGAUUUUGUGGUAUUUUCCAAUGUUCACCUGCAUCUCAGGAUCUCGUUUCACAUUUUUCAGCUCUCUUAUUUCUGGAAACACUCUUCCUGGCUGCACGUAUGAGCAAGUUCCCAGAGUGCUUGUUGCUGUCCUUUCAUGUGCUGCCACCAGUAUGUAUGAAGGAAGGCAGGUCAUUUAGCCAUAAAAAAGCGAAACAAAAGAAAACAAAAAAAAGUUUUAUGAAUGUCAUUUUAAACAUGGCUGUUUUGAGAACUGUACCUAAAACAGUGUAUCUUGGAACACACAGUCUCUGUUGCUUUUAUCCUUAAGUAAGCCCUAUAUUUAAUUUGCCAAUGCUUCUGGAUGGAGAGAGCUGUGUAGUUGCCCAAAAUACUUGCCAGUGCCGUGCAAAGAUCAGGAGGGCCAGGUGACCAGUUGCUCAAGCUUGUCAUCUUAAUUCUGUCCUGAAUUCACCAUGCAAGGUAAGCAGGAUACUUGUCACCACUUUCUGGUGAGAGCUGAAUGCCCUUUCUGGGCAGUGUUGCACUUUGUUUACCCCCAAGUUCUUCUGGAAAAUAUAUUAAGAUACUGAUUACAAGGCCUAAGCUAGUUGUAGUUCUAGAAGGUGUCCCGAUCGAUUACUACUGUCCUGCCACAUAAGGUCUCUUCACAGGCCACAAUGAUUACCUUAUUUUAUACAAUGACUACUUAUAUUUAAAACAGCAUCUUUUACAGAGGCUGAAAGGCUUUUGUGGAUUUGAACGAAGGUGUACCCUUUUUCGUAUGCAAGGAAAGUUCGAGCUGUGCAUCCUUGUCUGCACUACAGCUGCUGUGCAGGCACGUGUCAGAAACGGGGCUGUUGUGGACAGUCACUGUCUUUUGGAUGGGGACCAAAGCACUGAUUUCCAUCCAUCCGUUUGACUGUAGGCUCCUUCUUGUUGUACCCUUACCCCGGGAUGUGUGCUUUCUGCUACUUUAGGUGUGUCGCGACUAGUUCUUUAAAGGGUCUUUUCCAGGAGAGCUGAUGGCAGUGGCUUACUGUAAUAUCAGCAGCUGGCAUGGUACCAACCACUCCUGAAAUAUCAGCCCUACAGGGAAACUUGCCUUUUUCUAAUCUUUUGAGUCCUUAUUUAAAAUACGUCUCUGCAUGCACUUGUGACACUCCUCUGCCAAAUUAAUGUAUUAUUACUUCAGAAAUCGCUGGCGUGGCUGGAAGACGAGCCUUCAUUGUUUUCCGCUGCCUUUUAUGCUCUGCCCUUGGCCGCCCCGUUUGCUGUGCUCUGGGAAGGUGCGUGCUCUGGGCUGUGUGGGUUCAGAGCAGGCACAGUACAGUCGUGGAAGAGCUUCUCCUUAGGUUCUGGACGUCUGGAAGUAGUUUCAGAGGCUUCCAGCUGCAUCAUACAUUUCUUGUGUGUUCCCUCCAAUCCAGCAGGUUAUUUAACCAGGCUUAAUGAAAUUCUGUUACUUUGCUGAGAAAAAUUGGAAAAAAAAAAUAUUAGCAAUCCAGCUGCAGCUUGACUUGAUGCAUGUAAAAUUUGCAAUUAGUGGGCAAGAGAAAACAAAACAGGCACAGAUCAUUCUUCCUUGCACUGCAGCCUCUCAACUUUUGGUCUUCCAGCUGAGAAGCUCAAUGUUCAGAGUCAAAAACUUCUACCGAGGCAACCCAGCGUGGUUGUAGCUGUGUCCCUGUCAAGGUUGUAGCAUUAAAGCAACCACUUUUCACUCCUUGUGGUCUCAGUAAUAAACUGCUAACACUCCUGAUGUGGCACCAGAAGCCAGUGGCAGCUUUGUAAAAGAAAGGUGGAUAGAAGUAAAUGAGGAGAGUUUGUAAACCUAUUGCUAUCUCCUGCUCAAGGGUAAUUUGUCCUAUAAUCUGAUUGGAUGCAUUAUGUGUGUCUCUAGCUGGCUGCCAUAGCAAGUAGUUUUUACUGCAGAUACGGGUUUAUGCUUUUGAUCAAAGUGCACAUGCACUGAAACAUUAUAUACUCAAGUCUGAGAUAGUCAAAUUCCAACUUUCUCUUAGCUGGAACAGAGUGACCAUCAUGAGAGUGAACUCAGUUCCUGCAUUGCUGUUUCCUUUGGGGAGUUGCAGAGAAGCUUGUAAGCAGACCCUGCUGUUCUGCGAGGUUUUGAAAAAAACAAGCGAAACGGUGCUGAUCCAUUCUGCAGCAUGUCUGAUCCAUUCUGUCGCCAACAAGACACACAAAGGCAGAAAUCCAGCAACUGUUCUGGAAAAAUAAAAGUUCUCCACAAUAUUGCAGAAGAGCUCUGUGUAGCUGAUUCUUGUUGCCACUAUUUUUUACCUGUCCUUUUUAUCAGGAGUUUCGCUGGCCUGGAAGGAAGAAGCAGGGAAAGCCUAUGUCCGUAUAUACACAAGUGGCUGGCAGUUGAUGCUUUUAGCCAUAAAACAAUUUUCUUUGCUCUCUUUACGUGCUGUCCUGGUGCUGUCAAGAUCUGCAGCUCACAAAAAUCAGGUUUCCCAACAGGAUUUAAGCACUGAAGUUUUUCUUCUGUCCACUCCCACCCAUGCAAGCACUAACAUGUGUUACAACCCACUAUACAAUCUAUUUAGACAUUUAAAACCACAGAUACCCAAAACUGUUGUGGGGCUUGGUUUUGGGGGGGGUUGUUUGCAAAUCAUGCACUCUCAUGUUGUUUGUAGCACAAGCCAAAAUACCAAGCGUCUCCUGCACUUGUGGCCAAGCUGGGUUUUAUGUUGAAGAGCAGUUCGGUCUUGACUGACCAGCUGGAAAUGCUGGGGGGGUGACUGUGUCUCAGUGAAUUGGGCCUCCGGGUACCCAUGUGUGGGCUCCGGCCCGCUCACUUUGAUCUGUUUACUUCCCAUUUGUAGGUAUUGGAUAGCAACUUCAAGGUAUGAUCUGGAAUAUUUGCAGCUCAGGAUUUAUCUAGCAAUGUUAGCUCAAUUAUUUAUCUCUUGUGUGUCCUAAAGAACAAAUGUAUGUUGAGGUGAAUAUUUAAAAGCUAAUAGACAAUUCAAUGCAGUUGAUUGACAUAAUUAUUCUGACUAUAAAUGUAAUAAUAUUUAAGUAUUUUAACAUUUUUCAUUUCCUUAUUUGUUUGUCCCUUUUCCCUUGGAAAAAUAAACAGAGUGAGUAGGUAAACUAA